UCUGAUCACCCUCUGCUCUGUCUCAUGGUGUCCCGACGACCGUGACCACAGGACGUCCUGCGCAUGGUGUAUUCUCUCAGGUCUUGCGCCUUGUAAGAUACGAAGGCCAAAAUUUCCUGCGGGACCCAAGGCCGGAUGGCUGGGCAGCUCAAUACUCCCUCCGAAAGACAUAGGCUCUGGCAGCGUGGUGAUGGAUGCCCGGGAGCGAGAGAAGUCCCAGUCACGUCGGCCGAGCAUUAAACGACCUUGGGAGGAGGACAACGUCUUGCCAGAAGCGGGCAACACCUCUUUUGGAGCAACAUUACCCCCAAUCGAUCCCCUACAGUGUCGCAGAACAUCAACCUCCAGGCAAGCAGAAGCUGGAGGCAAUUUUCGUAAUAUAUACCACCCAGACAGCCAGGAAGUCGGGGCGAAGAGGGCCAGAUACGAGGGGGGAAAUGAUUACAUUGCCUUUUCAGAGGGGAAGGUCCAAUCCCAAGCAUCUCAACUAUAUAAUCCGAAUCAGAGCUCUUUUGGCCCACCCGGUUUCCAAGAGCGGCAAGGCGGGGAACCCGCAAAUGCUCAAGAUACCGCCAUUCUGUGUCGACGAUGCAGGAGGCUGACCACACAGAUUCAAGAUUUAGAGCUCGAGGCUUGUGAGAAGUGCGAAAGCAAUCCGGAGCUAGCCCUUGUCACCCAAAAGGCUGCAGCUGCGCUGACUCAUCUGGCCAAUACUCUUGUUUCUGGUAUCUCGUCCGCUCGUCGCGGUGUCAUUCGUACCCCUGAGGAAUUUCAAGUUAGCUCGGCCGACUGUCCUCCAAUUGCACAGUACGGGUUGAGACACACCCUCAACUGGUUACUUGGCAGAAUCAACCACAUUAAUGGCCUAGCGGACCAGUUCGUACAGAAUGUGCCGUCAGAAUUCUCACCUACUUUUGACAAAAAGUUUACUGGGCCUGGCCAGAGCAUUGAAGAUGGUCUUCCCAGCAUCAUGAAGCGCCGCAUCAUUACCGAAUCUGAUGAGGCUCCCACAGACAGGAGCGACAAUGCUGAGCCCCUCUCUGACGCAAGGAUGUACACGAGGCAGAGGUCUAUUGCAACAACGAUGAUGGGCAACGAGGAAUCGCCAUCACGAUCCCAGAAUGAAUAUCAUCAUACUUCGCAGUCCUCAUUAGGUGGGCCAAGCCGCCGGGGAUCUUUUAUGAAUCCCCCACCAGCACCCAACCGCCAACUCCCUUCGCCGCCUGGGCGGUCCCUCCCAUCUCCAACAUCAAUCAACUUUCCUUCUCCGUCCGCUGGACCCUAUGGAGUUGCCCAACCUCUCAACUUGCCUACGCCAUCAAAUCUACAUCAUCAAUCACCGCCAAGUGGCUACUUGCCACCGAUUGGAGCUGCACAUCGGACCGACGCCAUCCAAGCUCAUUCUGCAGCCCUCCAGCAUGAAGUAUCUGUUCAGAAGAUUGCUCUAUCAUCCCUCCAGGGUGAGCAUGAUAAGCUCCUAGCUGCCUUUUCCCGCUCUCAGACUCGUGCCAGUGCGUUGGAGAAGAAACACGCCGUCUCCGAUAGCGAGAUCAUCAGCCUGUCGGAAGAGAAGAUGCGGUUGCAAACUCAGGUCAUCGAGUUGGAGCGCGAUGUCGAAGAAUUAUCGCGCACGAGGGAUGAAUGUCGCCAGGCUGGAGUGCAAGAGGCUGCUCAGUACGUGGAGAUUGUCAAAAAAGCAAGUCAACUGGAAGAACUCGCGGCUGAAGAGCGAAAGAGUUGGAGCAAGAUGAAGGCUGAAAUGGAGCAAACAAUCGAGGCACUAAGGGCUGAGGCCACCGCAUCAGAUGUGGCACUACACAGCGCAGCCCUGCUUCCUCUCACCCAAAUCAUUGACGACGUUGAUACGCCAGCGUCAUCUGUCGAGGCCCAGAUGGACCUCAAGAUAGAACCCACGGCAGAUACCGUACCUACAUCAUACCCGAAGGAGUUCCUACAGGAAUCUAACGAAGGACUCAAAGAAGAGAUUCGUCGGUUGCGAUCUCGGUGUGCAGAAGUGGAAUCUGCACUGCGCGUUGUCAGAGAUGACAGCCGUAAGAUGGAAGGAAUAAUAGAGGCUCUAGGCUUAGCCGGGAAGUCGAUCUUGGAACGAUCUGAUAGAGCACUUGGAAGCGUGACCGAGGCUUAAGAGCCAGUUGGCUCUGGGCCACCAGAGAGGUUCCUACCGCAUACAUCUAAUAAGCGUCUAAUCAUUGCAGGCGUUCGAAUUAGGUUGGACAUCCGAAGGGAACGUUUUGUGGGUUUUAAAAAUAUCGCGCCUCCCCAGGCCGCUCAAGCUAGCUUGGAGAUGUUCUUACCCUCUGCUCUGUGAAAGGAGACGGGCAAUCAAUUAUAAUUUCGGAGGUGCACCUAGCAUUUCUGA